AUGGAUAUUUCGAUGGAGACACCAGACCGAGGAACAAUCCCAUUAAAAUCAAAUAGAUAUCCAGAAGAUGAUAUUGAAAUUGCUUUAACAUCUAAAGGUUUAAAAUACAAAGGAAAAAAUGAACCUUUGCAACUAAACGAAUGUACAAUGGACGUAUCACUAGUAGUAAACAACCAAAAACUAUAUGCCCACAAAAAUGUCUUAGCUUCGAAUUGUGACUAUUUUGAUAGAAUGUUUGACAGUUAUUUCAAAGAACGGUUCCAAGAUAAAAUAGAAAUAAAUAUAACUGAUGUUAGCUUUGAAAUGUUGAGUACACUUGUUCAAUUUUUUUACUCAUCAGAAAUAUAUAUUACAGAAAAUAAUGUGCAGGAUCUGUUAACUAGUUCAAAUAUGUUUUUACUAGAUGAAGUCCAAACUGCAUGUGUAAACUACAUAAAAACGUUAAUUGACGUGGAAAAUUGCAUAGAUAUGAAAGAUUUUGCUAAUGCUCUAGGAUUAAAUGAUCUCUAUUCUAUAUGCAUGACUUAUAUAAUAAACAAUUUCAGGUUUGUAGCCAACUCCAAAGAGUUUAUGAAGACUAAUUAUGAUGAAAUAAUGCUAUUAAUCAAGAAUGAUGAUUUAUUUGCUAAAGAAGACAUGGUUUAUGAUGUUGUAAUGAAUUGGAUAAAAUAUGAUCCAGUAACUAGAUACAAAUAUUCUUCAGAAUUGUUAUGGUAUAUUCGGUUGCCAUUAUUUAUAAAUACUUACCAAGGAGUCACAAAGGUUCAUGAUUAUCAAGGCGCUAAAAUUGAUAAACUUAUUUCUUUUCGAAUGGAGCAUCGAAGGCCAUUUAGAAAAGGCAUAUUAGUGAUAAACCAUUAUCCAGUUGAAUCAACUCUAGAGUGGUAUGACGCUGCGUUAGAUCAAUGGCAGGAUUGCAAAUGUGAAAAUUGUCAUUCUAUAAUCUUUCAGUAUUGGUUAUUACCACCUAGAACUUUGUGUACAGUUAUUUUACUCAAUGAUGGUCGCUUAUUUGCUGCUGGAGGUUCUAGACAAGGCAAUGGAAUAAAAUCAACAUAUAUAUUUAAUCUGAAAAGAAACAGAUGGAUAUCCUUUAAGGACAUGCAUUAUGAACGUCUUAAACCAUUUAUAGUGCAAUUUGGAUCUUAUGUUUAUGCGAUUGGCGGUUUCACUAGUGAACAACAAGAUGCCAGUGCUAUAGAAUGUUUUGAUUUACAGAAAAAUGAAUGGUUUGUCAUAAAUUGUGAAAUCGACAUAAUUAAGACAUUUAAAAAUGAUUAUUAUGUUGCCAGCGUUAAAGGAUUAAUUUACAUAAUUGGAAUAAAUGAAGCUGGAUAUUAUGACUCUCGUAAUCACAAUUGGAAAUACAUUGAUCCAAUACCUGAGUUUAAUAUAGGUUCUGCGGUUUGCACAUUGAAUGGAAAUAUUUAUUUUAUUGGUGGUGAACGUUUGGAAAAAUGUUACAAAAGUGUAUGGGCAUACUGUACACUAACUGAAGAAUGGGUAUCCUUAUCCGAAUUAAACUACGCCAGAUCGUUUUCUGGUGCUGUAGCAAUGAAUGGUAAUAUUUAUGUAUUUGGAGGACAUACGAUAAAUAUGUCCUAUUCAAAUACAUUUGAAAUAUACAAUCCUCACGACAACAAUUGGAAAUCUUCAAAAGCUUAUAUGAAAAAGGAUCAAUGUUAUAUUGAUGCUAUUGUGAUAGAAAAGAAUUCUGAGUUGUUUAAAAAAGUUUUUGAAGAAGCGACUAAUACUAUUAUUCAUUAA